AUGGCAGGAAGCUUCCUUGCAUACCACGAGCCUGGUAUUGUACAGAUCUUGAUAAUUAUCUCGUUUUUCUUUUUCUUGUCAUUGGCAGAGUGGUUUUCUGCGAAAAUCAUUCGUGCUGGCAUUAUUGGCCAAAUUGCAGUUGGCAUUAUUUAUGGGAAACCAUUAGCCGAUAUUCUCGAAGGCCCGUGGCAGCAGACAUUCCUCGCGAUUGGAUAUGUUGGUUUGAUUUUGAUCAUUUUCGAAGGCGGCCUUCAAAUACGGCUAGAUCUUUUGAAGCAAAAUUUCCUCUCCAGUGUGUUAGGAGCUGCGACGGGCGUCACAAUCCCAAUCGCCUUUUCUUAUUUAUUGCUUUAUCUAGGAUAUGGAUACAGCGCUGUCGAGACAUUCAUUAUUGGAGCUGCACUUUCGGCUACCUCGUUAGGCACCACUUUCUCAGUAAUAUCCUCCGCUGCAAAAGAGGUCGACCUAUCUCAGACGCGGGUUGGCUCAAUUCUUGUGAGUGCGGCUGUGAUUGACGACGUUGUGGGGCUGGUAUUAGCAAGUGUCAUCCAUGAUUUGGGUGAAUUAUCUGGCCCUGACUCAGGUCACACCAGCCUCGGUUGGAUCAUCGGUCGCCCGAUCGUGGCGUCAGUAGCCAUGGCAAUUCUAACACCUAUCCUCACGAAAUGGGUAUUCGCGCCAAUCUUUCGCCGCUGGAUCGAGCAUGCAUUCGCCAAGUAUGAUCAUGUCUCCAAUAUCAUUCUUAUGGUCUUGGUACUAUCUGCAUUCAUCAGCAUUGCAGCAUAUGCCGGAACGUCUGUCCUCUUUGGCGCCUUCCUCGCCGGCGCAUUCCUCACUUAUCUCCCCAGCAAGCAUCCGGAUGGCCCCUUCGUGGUCAUGAGUCGUGAGGAGGGUGAGCAAGAUCCUAACAGGAGUCCGACCUUCAUGCACACCUUUGAGCUAUAUUUGUUGGAUACACAAAAGUAUCUGAUGGAGCCACUGUUCUUUGCCAGCAUUGGUUUUGCAAUUCCUUUUGUAGGACUCUGGACUGGGAAACGAAUCUGGAGAGGAAUUCUCUUCUCACUUCUCAUGGCAAUUGCCAAGCUUAUAAAUCUCAUAGUUUAUUGUUGGAGUAUGGAUUCCCAUCUUCGAGUUUAUCGGCUCCCGAAAAUCAUCGAAGCCUCACAACUCUCCCACAACCCUACGCCAAGCGAAAGUUCCCAUGAAACUCAUGAAAAGAGAAACAGCUCCGAAGCAACGCGCGACACCCCAGUUGCGGUAGAUCAGAAAGGCGACUAUGGCUCAGCUUCGCUUGCUGGGCUCCUUCUCGGCUCCGCAAUGGUAGCACGAGGAGAGAUUGGGUUAUUGAUUGUAGAGAUCGGGUAUAAUGAGACAAAUUAUGUGAGUACAGAAGGGUUCAUCACCGCUGUAUGGGCCAUCCUUCUCAACACCAUCGUGGGCCCUGUCACAGUGGGCUACUUGGUCAAGUUUUACGGCAAGAAAAUUGGUAAGAGUGCCUGGGGACUUCAGGAAGCAGGAAUGAGCGGCAGACAAGAAACGGUGGGCAUAGUGGAUAAUCAUCACGUCUAG